GGGGGGAGGGGCUGUGGAGGUCGGAGGUCAAACUAUAAAGGCCAGAGGGACGGAGUGACUCUCACACACGCUGUCAACGGACGACGCCUUUCAGAGAAGAUUCCUGACGAGAUUCCAUCUUCAGACACAACAUGUCCAAAGUGUUCAAGAAGACCAGCGGCAAUGGACAUCUUUCCUUGUACUUGGGAAGGAGAGACUUUGUGGACCACUUGGAUUCAGUGGACGUGGUUGAUGGCGUAGUGAAAGUGGACCCCUCCGGUCUGGAUGGCAAAAAAGUAUUCGCAUACCUUGCGUGUGCUUUCCGCUACGGAAGCGAAGAUCUGGAUGUGAUCGGGUUGUCCUGCAGGAAAGACAUCUGGAUCAAUCGCAUCCAGGUGUAUCCCGUCCCUGAGGGGGACGCGGCAAAAACGCCGAUGCAGGAAUCCCUCAUGAAGAAAGUUGGAGAGCACGCGUACCCCUUUUCCUUCCAGAUGCCCCCAAACCUCCCCUGCUCGGUCUCCUUGCAGCCUGGACCAAAUGAUGCUGGCAAGGCGUGCGGGGUGGACUUUGAGGUCAAAGCCUACAUGGCCAACGAAAUAAACAGCGCCACUGAAGUCAUUGAGAAGAAGGCCACUUGUCGCCUGAUGAUCCGGAAAAUCCAGUACGCCCCAAACAAAAACAACGCGGGUCCAAAGGCCGACAUCUCCAAGCAGUUCAUGAUGUCGGACAAGCCGGUUCACAUGGAAGCGUCCCUGGACAAAGAGAUCUACUACCACGGCGAUCCCAUCACGGUCAACGUGAAAAUCAACAACGAAACCACCAAAGUUGUGAAGAAAAUCAAAGUCUCAGUGGAGCAGCUGACCAAUGUGGUGCUGUACUCGUCGGACACGUACACCAAGCCUGUCUGCACGGAGGAGUUUGGGGAGACGAUCAACGGCAACUCCACGUUUGAGAAGUCCUUCCAAGUGACCCCGUUGCUGGCCAACAACAAAGAGAAGAGAGGACUGUCGGUGGACGGGCGGCUAAAAUACGAGGACACAAACCUGGCAUCCACUACCCUGAGUCUGGACAAUAAGGAGAUGCAAGGAAUACUGGUGUCCUACAAAGUCAAGGUCAAUCUCAUGGUGUCUGGAGGAGGCCUGCUGGGUGGCCUAACAGCAAGUGAUGUCACAGUGGAGCUUCCGCUGACGCUGAUGUCCCAGAAGCCAGCAGAAGUGUAAGUAAACCUUGGCUGACCUGCAUCCACCAGUCAUAGCCAUGCUAGUGAUGUGUUGCUAAUGCCCUUAUGUGUCUUAUGAACCGCAGCCAAUUGGAAUAAAGGCCUCUUUAGUUCAGAACGGACAUCUCCAUCGACGCUGUGGAUGGAUGAGGGACGCCCCCCCCCCACCGAGACACACACACACACACACACCGAGCAGAACAACGACCGUAAAGAAACAGCUCUACAGCAGCUCUCAUGAUUUCGAUUUCGAUAGGCUUCGAUAUAGCAGAGCACCGUCACUGGCAAUGCCGUGUUAGCUUAACUUCUAGAUUAAACACAAACAUUAGCGUAGGCGUGUGACAGUUCCAACCCUUAAGUGUCGAUGUUACUUCUAAACGAUACAGACUUUAGUGCUACAACGUGUGGAGGCGCAGAUACGUAUGUUGAUUGACUGUGGAGAAACGAUUGAUCCCUUCAUGACUGUCAUUCUUCAUAACCAAGAGUCGGAAAUAAACAUUUCCCCAAUAA